GGGAAGGCGUGAGGAAGACCUACUCAUUAUGGACAUCCAGUAUUUUUACAGUCUUCUUCUAAUCUGCUUGUUAUCAGCAAAUGCAUAUGCAUCUACAACAUCCCCUGCUCCGUCGUCACAAGAAGCUACUUCAGUCGAACCGGCAUCAACGACGGUAGCAACGGAUUCUUCUUCAGCAGUAGCAGCCAGCAGUUCGAUAGCACCAGGGGCAUCAACUGACACAACACCACCAACUACUACUACAGGUUCUGCAAAUGCAUCAUCCACGUCAGUAGCAAGUCAACCUGACAUUCCCACGACCAAUAUUCCAUCGGCGUCAACAAGUGCUACGCCUGUGGAAACAUCCAGCAAUAUCCCGUCUUCCUCCUCCUCCUCAAGCUCAGUGAACUACUCCGGAACUUCAAAUGAUGUUACCUCCCCUGGUCCCACAGACAACUCCUCUGUGAGCCCAACCUCUCCCAGUUCAACGUCCAACUCGUCUCUAAGCACAGUUGAUACGACUCCCACUACGACGUUCAUCUCGUCUGUAAACCCCGGAUCGACUUCCGAUGCUUCAGUGAACACUUCCGAUGCCACAUCAGCAUCAGCAUCUUCUGUCACAGCAAGCAACAGUGCAAGUUCCACAGCCAGUCCAACACCAGUAACAACUAACUCAUCAACGUCAGAGGAAGUAGCAUCCACAAGCACCCCAUCCAGCCCGUCCGGGAGUCCUGCGUCCAACGCAUCUGAAACUCCCGUUGAAAGUAGCACUGGCGGUACAAGCGCUGGAUCAGAUACUAACACAUCUGACCCCAGUACCGCAUCUUCGACACCAUCUACAAACCCAUCUUCUUCAGCAGCAUCAGAUUCAUCUCCAACGUCGACAGAUUCCACAGCGUCCUCGCAACCAACGUCUACAGAUGCUCCUGUGGAAUCGACAACAGUGACACCUGCUGCUCCUGUUGAAGCAACACAGCCUCCACUGAGUACAUCAUUUCCUUCCUUCGCUGCAAAAACAGAUGUGGCCAGGUAUCAGCUAUCUCUGGCGUUUGACGGUGAAAACAACGGCCCUACGACGUCCUGCAACGAUUCGUCAUUAUUAACGGAGCUUGAGGACCGAUUAAAAACAACAGACGGCUACUCGGAAGUAAUUCGCACUAGCUCCAAGAUGUUCUCCGCGGUCUACAAGGCAAAACAUCUCUACGGUAGGAUGGCAAAUGUGACGACAAAACAACUUGAAGAUGCCAUGUCUCCAAAUCCCAGCUGUUUCAACUACACGGCGUUUAAUGAUAGUUUUCAACAAGCCUUUGGAAAAUUUGCUGCUUUGACGGAUGACUACUGCAAGGCCGAAGAAAUCUGCCACACGGGCUACACGUGCAAUGACCGUCAGGGGUCCCCUCUCUGCAUCAGCUUAUGCGAAGGCGUCGUUUGUGAGAACGGCGGAGCGUGUGUUGUCGUUGUCAAACAGGACGGUCAAGCUGCUGCUCAAUGCAGGUGCACAGAUAACAACGAGCAGGUGUUUUCCGGAGAUAAGUGUGAAGUGGCACACAUGAACCCGGAUCGAGUAGCGGCCAUAGUCGGGGCUGUUUUAGGGGCCUUCUGUUUCAUCCUACUGGUGGCACUGUACUGUAUGUGCUAUAGGAAGCGAGAACGGACGGGGAAGAAAUAUCAUCUUUCUGGUGUAUAUAACGAAACCUAUGACAGGACGUCUCUUGACAUGAAGAAUUUGUAGAUAGGAAUAAAAGGUAUUAAUGUUCCCAAGGAGAUUUUACGUCCAUGACAACACAUCCCUAACUACGAGUGACUGUGUAUUGUGUUACGCCGCUUUUAGCAAUAUUCCAGCAAUAUCACGGCGGGGACACCACCUCACUACGAUGUUAUCAGCAAAUUACGAUUGACAAAAAUUGAAUUAUAUUAAUUACCGAUUAUCGAAACAGAUCGAAAAUCAUGCCGUUAUUAAAAUAAUACAUGACUGUCCCAUCACCUGGUUGUAAGGUUGUGUAGUUGUACCUACAAUGUACACAUUUUCAUGUUCAACAAUACAUUAUAUAUAGACGCAUAUUUCCAUUUUAACCAGAGAACAUUAUAACUAACUUUUUAACAUACAGUAGGAUAAUCUAACCAGCAAUGAACUAACCAAUCAAACUGCUGUACCAUCUUGUGAUAUACAGUCCAGUCUAUAUUAGGGUCCCGUUCCACAAAGCGAUAAUCGAUCUUAGCGCAAAGAUGAUCGUAACUCCCAUACUUUAACAUGUGAUCACAGUAUACUUCGCGCUGAGAUCGUUUCGUAGAACAAGAUCCAGAUCAGGGAUAGCUAUAUACAUUCCAACAGUGCCCGUUCUAUUCUUUUGCAACGUUCAAGUAUUGGCAUAGUUUGACAUACUGAUCUCGCGUGUACGGUCUUCUCAAACUUACACAUUCGUAUUCAUACUCUAUGAAGGAUAAACUUUCAUAUUUUGAACUAUUUUUCGAUAUUUUGUGAACUUUAAAUUACGUGGCUUUUGGCAUUGCAGGGAGAAAGACUUUAUUAUGGACAAUGAUAGAACAUGGAAUCUACAUGUAUAUUUUUCCACCUGAAGUGUCUUAGGUUAUUGCAUAGGUGACUGAAAAUGUUGAGAUUCCAUAGUCACUGCACAUGUCGAUGUAAUCAGUACAUUUUUUUAAAAAAAGAUUGUGUACAUGGCAUGUUAUAUUGUAUAUAAACAUGUAUAUUUAGUGUGAAUGUUUGAAUGUGUAUAUUCUCAGUCCGCGAUUUUCUGCUCCUUGAUGUAAAAUAUUUUUGUCAUGAAUUUUUCUUUUUUUUAUCAUUUUCGUUCCGCAAGAUCGCCCCACUGACAUACCUGUCGGACAAAAGAAAGCAUUCAGUUGAAAAUUUGGUUUGACGAAAAGAAAUUGCAAAAGUUAUACAAAUGUUACUUGUCUGAAAAAAGUCGCAGAAAUACUGCAAACAGGUCCUAAAAAAACUAUGAUAACGGUUUCAAAUACAUCGCCAUCGACAAACUGUUUCUUGUUUCAUUUUAGCCACCAUAAAAAACGGUGUAUACCGUUAUUGCACGGUUGUUUAGAUUAUAGGAAAUUUUAGGGAAUCAACAGAAAAAAAAUGAUAUUAUUUGUUUAGAUGUACUUUUUGGUUGUGUCGUCAUAGAUGUGUGUGUAUUGUUCGUAUGCAAGGCAUUGACGAGCAGAUAUUUUAACCAUUGGAGGUUAAUGCAUGUUCUGAACUUUCAUAUGUAAGAUUCCAUUUAUGUCAUAAUACUAUCACAUAUAGAGGUUAAACGUAUAUGUUGAUUAUAUCAUCUACUGCUUAUAUAAUUGUUUUAUACCAAUACAUGUAUAUAUAUUGUAAAUACGUUGUUGAUUUGUACUUGAAUAUAAAAUGAAAUAAAAUGUGUACCGUU